GGAAAAUAUUGUUAUUCUUCCACCGAAAGAAUUUCAUUUUUUGAUAUCACCAAUAAUAACAAGAUUAUAAGCCUAGAAGGAAAAAGCAAUCCUGAGUUUCAACGAUUCUGUUUCCAUCACUCAUUAUCUACAAGCUCGUGUGCGGCGCAGAAAAAAUGGAGAAUGAGACAGAAGCGAGGGUUGUUCAACAGGAGGAAGAACAACAACGUGGAGAAGAAGGAGGAGAAGGGCAGCCACAAAACCCACCACCACCAUUACGACGUCGUUUAGUGAUAUCUCUAUACGUUGGAUAUUUUCUUGCAAGAUGGAGUGCCAGAACUUGGGAAUUCUCAGUUGCUCUGUAUAUGAUCUACUUGUGGCCAAACUCUCUGCUUCUCGCAGCUAUUUACGGCGCCAUAGAAUCUGGUUCCACUGCAGUCUUUGGCCCCAUUGUUGGGCAAUGGAUCGAAGGAAUGGACUAUGUUAAAGUUCUCAGACUCUGGCUCGUGUGUCAGAACCUCUCCUACACCGUUGCUGGUGGUGCAGUCAUCAAGCUUUUGCUAGUUUCUGAUCUCAAGUCCCAUAACAUCCCGGUUUUUGCAACCUUGAUUGUGUUGACGAAUGUUUCUGGCGCCAUAGGAGUGCUUUCGACUCUCGGUGGCACUAUUCUCAUCGAAAGAGACUGGGCUGUGGUUAUAUCGGAAGGUCAUCCACAAGCUGUACUGACAAGAAUGAAUUCUGUCAUUAGAGGCAUUGAUUUGAGCUCGAAGCUACUCUCUCCAGUCAUCACCGGUCUGAUCAUUAGCUUCGUCUCUCUGAAGGCUUCAGCGAUCACUUUUGCAGCUUGGGCCACUAUAACCGCUUGGAUCGAGUAUUGGCUCUUCAUGUAUGUGUAUAAAGGUGUUCCUGCGAUAACACAAAGCAACGAGAGACGGAUCUUGCGCUCCCGGAGAAAGCCAGUAGAAGAAACAGACGCACCUGUUUCUGUUUCCGUCGUUCCUGGAACCGAGGAGGGUUCUCAUCAUGGAGCCCCACCGUGUAGAACCGGAAAGCUGAAGAUUCUUGAUAGAAUAUCUGAAUCUUCUUUUGUUGGCGCGUGGAGAGUUUAUAUCAAUCAAGAAGUUGUACUCCCAGGGGUUUCUCUAGCUCUCUUGUUCUUCACUGUCCUCAGCUUUGGAACGUUGAUGACGGCUACGUUGCAGUGGGAAGGGAUACCUACAUAUAUCAUCGGUAUAGGCAGGGGAAUAAGUGCCACGGUUGGUCUAGCUGCUACGGUCGUGUAUCCUCUGAUGCAGUCUCGUAUCUCUACGCUUAGAACCGGACUCUGGUCCUUCUGGUCUCAGUGGAGCUGCCUUUUGAUAUGCGUUGGAUCGAUUUGGGUUAAGAGAGAUAAAAUAGCAUCAUACAUGCUCAUGGCAGGAGUUGCUGCUUCCAGGCUUGGCCUCUGGAUGUUUGAUCUUGCAGUUAUUCAACAAAUGCAGGAUUCAGUUUCAGAAUCCGACCGUUGUGUGGUUGGAGGUGUUCAAAACUCGUUGCAGUCGGCUCUUGACUUGAUGGCAUAUCUAUUGGGUAUUGUUGUAUCCAACCCAAAGGAUUUCUGGAUAUUGACGAUGAUCUCAUUCUCCACGGUAACGUUAGCAGGAUUACUGUAUACAUUUCAUCUCUACCGAAUCCGAAACCAUCUUUUUCACUUUGAGAAGAUUCCUUUACUGAACAAUUGUAUAUUCAAGUUACUCCCUUCUCGUGGAAACAUGUAAAUAUGUGUGAUGUUGCGUAAUGCGCCAUUACAUUGCAUGGAUAAUCAAUAUCCUAAAAUGGUAAUUUCAUUGAAAUGACUUCACAAAUUGUUACAUUUUGUUUUAAUUAUCUUAGUUAAUUUUUAAAAACCAUUUCGUUCA